GACGAAUAAAGGAAGGGUCGAUCUUGAAAUGGACUAUGAGAACCCGCAUCCACGUCCUCCCAAAAUGGCCGACCCGCCGCCACCUAAUCCUUAUACCAAGAAAAGAUCAGUACAUCUUAAGGAACAAAGUUAAAGAGUACAGAGUGAAAGCGUUUGAACAAAAAAAAGGUUGUAGAGUGAAAGCAAAUACUAAAUAAAUGGGCUGCUCUCUGUCCAAGAAGAAGAAUGCAAUACGACCACCGGGAUAUGAGGAUCCUGACCUUCUUGCAUCCAUUACACCGUUUACUGUAGCUGAGGUGGAGGCUUUGUAUGAACUGUUCAAGAAGCUAAGCAGCUCAAUCAUCGACGACGGUCUUAUUCAUAAGGAAGAGUUCCAGCUGGCUUUAUUCAGAAAUAGGAACCAGAAGAACCUUUUCGCUGAUCGGAUAUUUGAUGUAUUCGAUGUGAAGCGAAAUGGAGUGAUCGAGUUUGGUGAAUUUGUCAGGUCUUUAGGUGUCUUCCAUCCAAAUGCACCUGCCCAUGAAAAGAUCAAAUUUGCUUUCAACUUGUAUGACUUAAGGCAAACUGGAUUCAUCGAACGAGAAGAAUUGAAGGAGAUGGUAAUCGCGCUUCUUCACGAAUCUGAACUUGUUCUUUCCGAAUAUUUAGUCGAAGUAAUAGUGGAUAAGGCCUUUAUCGAAGCAGAUCACAAGAAAGACGGAAAAAUUGAUCUUGAUGAAUGGAAAGAUUUUGUGUCCAUGAAUCCGUCGAUUAUCAAGAAUAUGACUUUGCCUUAUCUAAAGGACAUAAAAGGGUCGUUUCCAAGUUUCGGUUCAUCUUGUGAAGACGAAGAAUUGGAGUUGCAAAACCUAUAUUUCUAAGGGAAUUCCAUGCAGAUUGCAGAUAAAGAAAGAUA